UUAUGGAAGCUACUUUUGUAUGCCUUAUAUUCAUUCUUUUUUUGAAUAUAAAUAUUUUAGAUGGAGAGACUUUGGCAUUGAAGGCAUUAAUCUCGCGUAAUGAUUGCGAUAUAAAGCAGCUAUUACAAACUCCUGAAGAAAACAUUACAGUACGGUGUGAUGCGCUUGAAAAGUUUGGAAGGUAUAUUGCUCCGAAUCGAACAUUUUGCCAAGUGACAAGAAAUGAAACUGUUUUUCAGUACCAUUGCGUGGAGGGAUCCUGGAAAAUUUCAAAAGGAACAGACCACCACCUACGACCAAAACGAUUUUUCUGGUUAAUUGCACUAUUCGUCGCAGCUGUGAUAGUUGCAACUCCUGUAGUGAUUUACUGUUCUACCACGUUGAGAUGUAAAAAAGAAAAGGUAUCUUCGCAAACGCUUAGAGCACCAACAUACACUGUAUGUCCUCCACCUGGAAUCCAAUCACUGUAUAUAGCUGACAGAAAACGGAAGACUGUUCAAGUUACAUGGGCGGAUCCUAUUGCAACAGACGACAGAGAAGUUAUUUCGAAUAUACAAACUAGCGGUUUAAAGAGUGGUAAUCAGUUUCCAGGGUUACCAAAAGAAGGAUAUCGACAUUACAUUGUAUACGUAGCUAAAGAUGGUCAUAAACUAACAGACACAUGCAGCUUUACUUUUUCUGUUAAAUACUUGACAUGUAAUGAGCCAGCUACGCCGAGAUAUGGGCGGAAAGUGUCGUGUCCGGAUGGUUAUAUAUACGGUGGAGAAUGCAUGUUCGAAUGCUUUGAUGGAUACGAAAUGGUUGGUAGUAACAAAGCUACAUGCCAGCAGAAUGAGACCUGGGAUAAUGCACCAACGUGUAAAAAAGUUAAAUGCAACCCUCCAUUUACCACUACUAAUGGCAUCAUAGCCUGUGAUGAUACCAAUUAUGAAUUUGAUGAUGACUGUCUUAUAACGUGUAAAGAUGGAUUCAAGCUGAACGGACCAUCAAAAAUGACAUGCAUGGCGGAUAAGACAUGGUCGGUAGACAGCAAAGAAGUCAGUUGCAUUGAUGAUGAUCCACCUGUGAUUUCUUGCCAGACCAUUCAGGUAUUUUACGCUGAUCGUAGUAGUUUUAACACCUCGGUAACUUGGAUAGUUCCACAUGCUUCAGACAAUGUGGAUGAAAAUCCUUCCAUAUUGCAAACAUCUGGUCCUAGACAAGGAGAUUCUAUGCCAGAAGGUUUUCAUUCUGUGAAAUAUAAAACAAUUGACAUUGCUGGUAACUCCUUCCCAGCCCUAUCUGAAUGCACUAUUGUUAUAGAAGUAAAAGAUAAAAUGCUCAUCAAAUUCCCUAUCCUACAUUGUUGAUGAAAGUAAUUUUUUAUUUUUUUUAUUUUUGCAUCAAAGCAUUUUGUCAACUUUGUUUUUGCACGAUACAAAACCGAUGGAACGACAUUAUGUUUAUCUUACACGGCUUUAGUUUAGGACACAUUAGGACUUUAACAGGAUAAAUUAUCAAAUAUUUUGUUUCCAGGUUAGAAUUUGUCGAAGAAAUUCAGAUGGUUAUAAACGUUUAUUUCUUUAUAAUUACAUACCUUUCAUUAUCGCACCGAAAUCAUUUCAUUAAAUUUCGGAAGGAUUAUUAAACAAAUGAUUUUCUUGGUACGUUUAAUAUGACACAGAACACGUUUAACACAAAAUUUAGUAGGUCCUUUGCAUAUCAGGAUAUAUUACUUGUAACAUUAUCGACCAUGCCGUUCUUUUAUAUUCAGUAAUUAAAUGUAUCACCGGUCCUACUGAUGCUUUAUUCAACUCCCGUUUUAUGAUGUACAACUGCAGCGAUACCUCAUUUUAUAAUGGUGUUUCCUGUUUACUCUACUGUGAUCUAAACCUUCCAUUAAAUGGCACGAAUCUUAUGACUUGUGAACGAGAUGGUGAUUCUGACAAAGGGAAAUGGAAUUGGGGAUCUGAAUAUCAACCGUUCUGUGAAGGUUUGUGCACUCCCUUUGCCCUCAGUACCAAUUAUAUCAUACAACAAAACACAAUAUAUGAUUAAUAAAUUUCAAUAUGUUCAAUAAAUACGAUUUACAUGUUCUAACUAAUCAAUGCAAUGAAACUGUAAAAUAAAUCAUGAUCAUGACUUUGAAUUUCAAGUCAACAUUUUGUCGCAUUAAGAUAAGUGCAAUAUUAAAACAUUUUAAUAUUAUGCAAUAUACAAUAUAAUAUCCGAAUAUAUUAACCAUGAGGUUUUGCAAACAUUUUCCGGUGGUUGUUUGUAAUAUUUUCCACUGCGGUCUGGAGCCCGCAGUGUAUUUGACUGCAAUUGAAUUUUUUGAGUCAGUGAGGGGAGCGUGACCUGUUUUUGGUACAGGAAGGGUAAGUUGUAAAUAAGCUUUACUUGAUUGGUGAAUCAAUCUUGUAUUAUACGUGAUUGUUUAAUUUUUCAAAUAUGUUUUCUAAUAAACCAUUUAUAAAACACAUAAAAAAUGACACACAUGCUCAAUAACAAAAGUCUGAUGAAUUAAUAUUUACAUGUAUAUGUUUUUGUUGAAGAUGCGAUACGUGUCGUAUAAAUUCUUUGUCGUUCAAGAUUACAAUUUUGUACUACAGAGACACUCCGAAAGAAAUAAUCCUCUUAGUAUCCAAUUCUGUUCAUAUUCUACGUACACUGGCUUAUAAUUGAAAUCAGUAAGAAAUGGAGUCGAAUGCUAAAUGAACCGCAAAAAUACAUAAUUUAAUGAGAUAUAUGAACAAACUUCCAAUGUUUUGUUUCAUAUACGUUAUAUUUUAUUGG